CCUCAGGCUCCGCCCCCUCCAGGUGCCUUUUUGGAGCGGGGCGGGGGGUUGGACACCGGAGGGCGCCCGCCGGGGCUAAUGGCUGCCUCCGGGAAACUCAGCACUUUCCGUCUCCCGCCGUUGCCCACGAUUCGAGAAAUCAUUAAGUUGUUCAGGCUGCAAGCCGUGAAGCAGCUGUCCCAGAACUUUCUCCUGGACUUGCGGCUGACAGAUAAAAUUGUAAGGAAAGCUGGCAAUCUGACAGAUGCUUAUGUAUACGAAGUGGGCCCUGGGCCAGGCGGGAUCACAAGGUCCAUUCUCAAUGCCAAUGUCGCUGAGCUUCUGGUGGUGGAAAAGGACACCCGGUUUAUUCCUGGACUACAGAUGCUUUCUGAUGCAGCACCCGGGAAACUGAGAAUUGUUCACGGUGAUGUACUGACAUUUAAAUUGGAAAAGGCCUUUCCAGAAAGUCUUAAAAGACGCUGGGAGGAUGACCCUCCCAAUGUGCAUAUUAUCGGAAAUCUGCCGUUUAGUGUUUCAACUCCACUGAUUGUCAAGUGGCUUGAGCAUGUCUCCUGCAGAGAUGGACCCUUUGUAUAUGGUAGAACCCCGAUGACUCUGACGUUUCAGGAGGAAGUGGCUGAGAGACUUGCAGCCACUACCGGGAGCAAACAGCGCAGUCGCCUUUCCGUCAUGGCCCAGUACCUCUGCCACGUGGAGCACAUCUUCACAAUUCCAGGUCGAGCAUUUGUCCCCAAACCAGAGGUGGACGUGGGAGUGGUGCGCUUCACCCCCUUGAUACAGCCCAAGAUAGAGCAGCCGUUCAAGCUGGUGGAGAAAGUCGUGCAGAACGCUUUCCAGUUCCGGAGGAAGUACUGCUAUCGAGGGCUUGGAAUGCUAUUCCCCGAAGCCCAGCGCUUGGAAAGCACGGAGAGGCUGCUCCACCUGGCCGACGUCGAGCCCACCCUCCGGCCCCGCCAGCUGUCCAUCGCACAUUUCAGGAGCCUCUGUGACAUCUACAGACGCAUGUGUGACAGCGACCCGCAGCUCUUUGCUUACAAUUUCCGAGAAGAGCUCAGGCAAAGUAAACGCAAGUGUCACCAAGAGGAGGACCGUGGGGACAAUGGGGACCUUAGCCAUUGCUGUCCCCAGGAUGUCCUCCACGUCUCCCCAGGACAGUCAAGAGACCAGUGAGCAGAUGGCGUGUAUUCUUUUACUGUACAGCUUGGUAGAGAAAAUAAAUAUCAAAUAAGAUACAGUACAGGCUUUAAUACAUAUAUAU